AUGAACCGUGGUAGGGCAGCGGCCCGGGGCAGUCGGAGAGGUGCGGCCGUGGCAAGUUCACGGGCAGCUGGUGAAAAUGAUGGCGGCUCUUCUACUUCAGCCGUUACAGAUACUCCAGGCAGCGCCACUCCAGUACCUCAGAGUAUAGCGACUACUUCAACCCGCGGAGGGGCUACCACUCGGGCGACAAGAGCUCCUGCAGCUGGUCGCUUCCGACCCAAGAACAUUCGCCGAGAUGAAGCAGAACGAGACAGUCUUGCCCGACAGGAGGAGCAGAAAGCCAGCGAGAGAGCAGCAGAUGAGCGCAAGGCGAGAGGGCGUUCACGUUUCAGGAGUAAAAGGAGCCGUGGUGAUGCCAUGGGUAGAGGCGGUUUUGGUCGAGUCAUUUCGGGAGCCAGUGGCCCAUUUUCCUCUGGUGCAGCAGGCUCCGGCGGGCGUGGAGGCGGUGGUUGGUUCGGCGGUGGAGGAGGAGGUGGUGGUGGUGGUUUUGGGGGAGGUGGUGGAAGAGGAUUCAAAUCGGAUUCGAAACCUGGCUUUGCUCAGGCGUCACGAUCUCGCGAGGCCCGAAUUAACGCGGAUAAACUCCAUGUUCAUACUCCCGAAGAGGACCUUGAUAGCGAAGACGAGGCUAUGAUCGAGGCGCUCAAUUCCCGCGCCGUUAGCGUACUUCCUAUGGGCAUAUACCGACGAGAGCAUAAGGAUGAGGGCGUCAUAGUGGCCACCACAGCAGAAUUAGAAGCCGCGGAAAAUGCUCAAGCUAUUCCUCCCACCCCUUCAAAGGAAGAGGAGAGCCUUUGGGUGGAUGGCGACGCAGACGAGCCUCUCUUAACGGACGAGAACGCAGAAGAUGGUGGCAUCUGGAAGACUGAUACGAAAACGCCAGUCGUUAAAAAGGAGCCUGGACUCGACGACUCCAUGGAUUUGGAUAUCGAGGCAACGGCCGAUGCAGGAGACAAAGACAAGCAGCCUUCCGAAACACCAGCGCCACAGACCAAGAAGCCAAAGCAAGACCCAGAAGAGGUCAUGAUCCAGACAGAUCUGGAGAUUCUCGCCAAUGAAUUGGGUGCUGUCGAAAUAUCCGAGGGCGAAGAGGGCAAAACAGAAGGUCCGAGCAACAAGGAUGGUCGCAUGUACUUAUUCCAGUUCCCUCCUGUGUUGCCUCCUCUGAAGCCAAUUACCCAACCCAGGCCCAUUAACAAAGUCAAGCCUGAGCCUGGUGAGGGCGAAGAUAAUGUCUUGGAAUCAACACCAGCCGCCGCUGACACAGAGCCCGUGGAUCUCACCACCGACAAGAACACUGCGGGACUUAAUGUACCAGGCUUUGAAGACCCCGAGCAGAAGGCUGGUUUCAUGUCCAGCCUGCUAUCAACGGGUGGUAUGGUAGGCCAACUGAAAGUACGCAAAUCAGGCCGUGUAGAACUGGACUGGGGCGGCACUACUAUGGAACUGAACCCUGCCACGGGGAUGAAUUUCUUAACAACGGCCGUUAUCAUUGAAGAGAAUGACGAGAAACCUCGUCCGGGGGUUAUUGGUGGAGAGAGUAUCGGAAUGGGCAAGAUUAUGGGUCGUUUUGUACUUGCACCAAAGUGGGAUGAUGAGGAAGAUUGGGAGGUCUCAUCCGAGGACCUAAGGAUUGAAUAA